AUGGAGAGGGCCUUGCAGUUGAAGUCAGAAGUGCAGAAAACAGGUCGAAUAUUCCCUUCAGAUGCGUCAAUCAUUCUCAUAGGCUCUCGAGGGUCAGGAAAACGGAGUCUGGGUUUCAUUGGAGCAACUCAUCUGGGUCGACGAUUAAUAACAGAGGAUCAUUUCUUUCAAGAGGUCACCGGCCUUUCUCGAGCCGCUUAUGUUCAGCAGAAUGGAAUCCAUGAAUUUCACAAGAGAAAUGUCGAUGUUGCGAGGCAAAUGCUAUAUGCAAACCGAACGGGAUGCAUUAUUGAAUGUGGAAUGGCAAGUCUCGCAACUGAAGUACAAAAGACUCUUCGAGAAUAUACAAAAACGAAUCCCGUGAUUUAUAUCUUACGAAACAGCCAAAGAAUUCGAGAGAUGCUGAACAUUGGAGAUUUCGAAGCAGCACGUUACGAGAAUGCCGAUGCUGCUCAUAGAUUUUGUUCAAAUUAUGAGUAUUAUAAUUUGCAUGACAGAAGUUGUGAUGGAAUGGCGAGUCCUAAGGAUCAAGGACUUCCCAAUGUUUCAUCAAAAUUGAAACAUGCAAAAGAAGACUUUUCUGCAUUUCUUGAUUUCAUCACGGGACAAGGAGUCAUUCGUAAUAGUUUGGAAAGUCCAUUCUCCAUUGCCGCUCUACCACCCGAAUGCAGGCUGUACACUUAUGCCUUGUCUAUUCGCAUGUCAACAAUCCCCGAUCUGGACCUUCAAGAAUUGGAAUCUGGGGCCGAUGCGGUUCAAAUCAAGGUUGAUGCUCUACGGACCCCUGAUAUCCAAAGAGGAUUAGCGAAACAAGUUUCAACGGUAAGAAGGGAGCUUGGAGUACCCGUCAUUCUCCAUGCUGAAGAGUAUGCAUUUGAAGGUCUCUCUUUGUCAAUGUCAGAGAAAGAAGAUAUUUAUUUUGCAUUACUAGAGCAUGGGUUACGUCUGGGAGUUGAAUACAUUGUUGUCGAUCUUAGAUAUCCAUCCGAUCGUGUAAUGCACCUUGUUCAGUCUUCCGGGCGCACGAAAAUUAUCGGGCACUAUCUUCACCGCGCUGAAACCUCUCGGGGAUGGGAUGAUGAGUCUAUGAUGAUAGAGUAUCGAAGAGCCGAGUCGUUAGGUUGUGAUAUGGUCCGGUUUGCUCGAGCAACCUCAAAGGAAAGUGACAAUGCAGCUGUUCGAGAGUUUUUGAGAAAAAUAGAAUCUAUUCCAGGACAUCUUCCAGUCAUUGCCUACAACCUCGGGGAUCAUGGAAGGGGUUCUUUAAUUGAAAAUCGGAUUUUCACACCAGUGACUCAUCCUAUUAUGAAAUCCACAGUCAGCAAGAGUCAAAUCAGACAGUUUCUACCAACAGCCGCAGAGGCACGACAAGAACUAUUCCGAAAGUCUGUUCUCGACCCGCUCCAUUUCGUACAUCUUGGAGCUAGUGUAUCUUAUAGUUUAUCCCCGGUCAUGCACAACACAGCUUACAAAGUUUGUGGUAUGACCAAUGACUUUCAAUCACUGCAAGUUAAUUCUGUUGAUGACAUUCAUGCCAUUUGUCAGCGACCCGACUUUGGCGGUGCUGCGAUCACACAACCUUUUAAAGUCCAAAUCAUGUCCCGAAUUGGUCCACAGAGCUACCAUGCAAGAGCAAUUGGGGCAGUAAAUACUCUUCUGCCACUUCGAGCAUUACCGGAUGGCAGUCCUCUUUCUGGUAAUACGCAAUCGUUGCUUCAACAAGCAAAUCGCCGAAGCAAGACUGGACCUGUUAUUGCUUACUAUGGUGACAACACUGAUUUCAUUGGUAUAAUGACAUGCCUUCGCCGAAACAUAUCACCACGAAACGUCGUUCAGCCAUCCAAAACAACAGGACUAGUCAUCGGCGCAGGGGGUAUGGCACGAGCAGCCGUGUAUGCCAUGAUCCAACUCGGAUGUCGCAAGAUCUUCAUAUAUAAUCGUACGAUAGAGAAUGCACAGAGAGUCGCCAAUCAUUUUAACUCAUGGGCUAUGUGCUUGAGUAAUCAUGGAAAAAUUGUAUAUGUGUUGCAAUCACUACGGGAGGAGUGGCCACAGGGCUUUAGCCCACCCACUAUGAUUGUUUCAUGCGUACCAGCACGAAGUGUGGGCGACCGACCGCCAGCAAAUUUCACGAUGCCUGUACAAUGGCUGGGUAGUGCUACCGGUGGAGUUGUUGUAGAGCUCUCUUACAAACCUCCACUCACCACCCCUCUUCUUGCCCAAAUCCGACAAUUCCGAUGCCAGACCAAAAUCGCCUGGGUAAUAGUUGAUGGUCUCGAAGUCCUCCCUGAACAAGCCAUCGCCCAAUUCGAGUUAAUGACCGGUGUUAAAGCGCCCAAACGGCGUAUGAGAAUGGAGGUUUAUUCAAAUUAUCAUAAAUAUGGGGAAGAAGAGUCUAGUGUAUAG